CUGUUUGAGCGCAAACUGUACGGGCUCUUCGACCUGCUCGACAAUGAAGCUCGCUUACCACGAUCUUCGGCACAACAUUUUACUACGGUAGCCCAUGCUACACACAAAGAGAAUCCGUAUCUUGUGCAUCCACAAUCGUCGCGUCAUCAUCGUGCAAUGCGAGAAGACGAAGGUUUCAUUGUUUGCCAUUAUGCAUCCGAUGUAUGCUAUAAUACCGCGCAAUUUUUGGACAAAAAUAACGAUACCUUGCAUGCAUCGCUACAGUGCCUAAUGCAACAAAGCAGGAAAGUUAUGAAGCGGCCUCCAUCUAAGAAGCCGCAGUAUCAGCAUAAAGAUUUGCUGGAGCUUGCUAGUUUUCUUCAGGGUACUCAUUUUGUGCGUUGCAUCAAGCCGAAUUCGGAAAUGAAACCAGGUCAGUUUGACGGCGGACAGAUUCUGGUGCAGCUCAGAUGUGCGGGUAUGUCAAGCGCACUGAAAGUUAUGCAAAGUGGCUUCCCAUCGAGAAUAUCGUACCUGUUGUUGUCGGAUAUGUAUCGAGAUUGUCUACCAAAACGGCUUGCAACACUGGAUGCGCAAAUGCUUUGCAAAGUUCGUCGCAUGCGUUAUUUUGGUACCAACAAGACUGUUUAGCA